AACGCCGCCGCUGGCCUCGGGUCUCUAGUGGGACGCUGGAGGACGAGACGCUUACCUUCAGGGCGGAGAGCAGACGCUUUAACCAGAGACGCUCAUAAUGAGUCAGAGGAAGAGAAACAACCAGAUAACGCUGUGGGUGCAGUGAGGAUACAUUAGCCUGGCUAACGCCAGACCUCUUCUCAAUCGACAUCGAGAAGAGGUCUGGGGAACCACACAUUCAUUUUCUCGUAUUUGAGGCGUGGUUUACGAUUGGCCGGAGCCGUUUAUUUGGGCGCUACGAAUGUCUAUCAUAUGAGUCUGUACGUGGCUCAUAGCCAAUUGUAUCAAUUAUACCGGAUGACAUGUGUAGAGCGACAGAAAAUGAAUGAGGAAGAAGACGAUGGUGUGUCGCAUAGACUUCGUCAUCGUCUUAGCUAGUUUCCACGUAUACAACACAGAUAGCUAUGUUAACCCAUUCCCCGUAUCCAACACAGAUAGCUAGGUUAACCCAUUCCCUGUAUACAACACAGAUAGCUAUGUUAACCCAUUCCCUGUAUACAACACAGAUAGCUAGGUUAACCCAUUCCCCGUAUACAACCCAGAUAGCUAGGUUAACCCAUUCCCCGUAUACAACACAGAUAGCUAGGUUAACCCAUUCCCUGUAUACAACAAAGAUAGCUAGGUUAACCCAUUCCCAGUCUACAACACAGGUAGCUAGGUUAACCCAUUCCCAGUAUGCAACACAGCUAGUUAGGUUAACCCAUUCCCAGUAUACGACACAGAUAGCUAGGUUAACCCAUUCCCAGUAUGCAACACAGAUAGUUAGGUUAACCCAUUCCCAGUUGACAACACAGAUAGCUAGGUUAACCCAUUCCCAGUAUACGACACAGAUAGCUAGGUUAACCCAUUCCCAGUAUACAACACAGAUAGCUAGGUUAACCCAUUCCCAGUUGACAACACAGAUAGCUAGGUUAACCCAUUCCCAGUACACAACACAGAUAGCUAGGUUAACCCAUUCCCAGUUGACAACACAGAUAGCUAGGUUAACCCAUUCCCCGUAUACAACACAGAUAGCUAGGUUAACCCAUUCCCCGUAUACAACACAGUUAGCUAGGUUAACCCAUUCCCAGUAUACAACACAGAUAGCUAGGUUAACCCAUUCCCAGUUGACAACACAGAUAGCUAGGUUAACCCAUUCCCAGUAUACGACACAGAUAGCUAGGUUAACCCAUUCCCUGUAUACAACACAGUUAGCUAGGUUAACUCAUUCCCUGUAUACAACACAGAUAGCUAGGUUAACCCAUUCCCUGUAUACAACCCAGAUAGCUAGGUUAACCCAUUCCCCGUACACAACACAGAUAGCUAGGUUAACCCAUUCCCCGUAUACAACACAGUUAGCUAGGUUAACCCAUUCCCUGUAUACAACAAAGAUAGUUAGGUUAACCCAUUCCCAGUAUACAACACAGAUAGCUAGGUUAACCCAUUCCCUGUAUACAGAUAGCUAGGAUAACCCAUUCCCCGUAUACAACCCAGAUAGCUAGGUUAAGAUGCUACACCAUGCUAAGGACUAAGCACUUUUAAGCGCCAGGAGGUACAACGUACUAUAAGUGUGUAAGAGGGACCUGGGGGCUUAAGGGGG